GUUUCAAUUUUUUCUUCGCGCCGGCGACAUCUGCUCAGACGCGCUUCUGGAUGCUGAUUGGCCGAGAUCUCCGUUGGUGCGUGGUCACGUGACGCCCAUAGCCGCCGGCUACGUCUGGUCCGCGUCGGGUAACGGCAGUGUUACUGUGUUGUCAUGGUAAUGGCUUUGUAUUGCAGGAGAUAAGAGUCGGGGAUUGGAAGUUUGAUAGGAACUGUGCUGUGGCUAGUGAAGUGAUACGGAUCGGAACUAAUUGAAGACGAUUUGUCAGCCUGCAAUUUUCGAGCAUCUCUGAACAGGUCAAGGUUGGGAAGGACAGCACACGACGAAAUGGACAAAAAGAAAACCACGCUGCCAGACAAAGGAACAAAACAGGACAUUGAAGAGUGGAUCGACCAAGGAACUGUGGCAGAUGGGGCUGCAGUGGGAUGACCCUCUGCCUGCUGAGAGCGCUGAGGUCUUCGGCCUGUGGCUGGAGGGCCUGGAGAUCCUAAAGGACCUCCACUUUCCGCGCCGCUACUCGGAGAGGGCGUGGCAGAGCUCAGAUGCCGUCGAACUUCACGCCUUCAGCGACGCCUCACCCAAAGGGUAUGGUGCGGCAGUCUACCUCCGCGUUCUCCAGCCCGAUGGUGCGUACACUGUGUCGCUGGUCAUGGCGAAGGGUCGUGUCGCUCCUCUCAAGCAGAUAAGUCUGCCGAGAUUGGAGCUGCUGGGUUGUAUGCUCGCUGCUCGGCUGGUUGUCUUUGUGAGGAAGGCACUCCGCCUGUCUGACGUCACUCCGUGCCUCUGCUGGAGUGACUCGAUGAUAGCCUUAGCAUGGAUCAGAGCCAGUCCACGGAAGUGGAAACAGUUUGUGGCAAAUCGAGUCGAAGAAAUUCAGUCGCUGACUAGCCCGUCGAGCUGGUCGCAUGUGCCCAGUGCUGAUAACCCCGCAGACCUGACCACCAGGGGGCUGUCUGCACAGGAGUUGGUGACCUCUCGUCUGUGGAGGUCGGGCCCGGUCUGGCUGUCUGAGCAAGCUGGACGGCCUGUCGUAUCUGACGAGCCAAACGCACCCGACAGAGCUGACUCUGAAGCAGCUGCCGAGGAGGUGGCAGUUGCUCUCACCACGACAUUGUCUGUUACAGAGAGCCCGCUGGACUUCGAGCGGUACAGCUCUCUUUCACGUGCUGUUCGAGUGCUUGGCUGGGUGCGGCGUUUCAUCUACAAUGCGCGCCGCGCUAGUGGGACGCGCGGUCGGAGGACGAGACAGUCUACUGCGAGCUGUCUCCGAGGUGAGCUGACGUCUGAGGAACUCUCGGAGGCCAGGCGACAGCUAUGGGCGCUGACACAGCGGGACGCCUACCCUGAGGAGGUGAGAGCUUUGCAGUCGGGACGGCCUGUCCCCAAGGGUUCACCGCUGUGCCGUCUGAACCCCUUUGUGGGUGACGACGGACUUGUUCGAGUGAGAACCAGGCUGCAGUUGGCAGACCUAUCUGAUGAUGAGGUUCAUCCUGUGCUGCUUCCGAGCUGUCAUGUGUGUGAGCUUCUCGUGCGUGAGCAACACUUGCUGAUGAAGCAUGCCGGAGUUCCGACUCUGGUCACUGCUUUAAGAGGCUCGUUUUGGAUCGUUGGUGUCAGACGGCUCGCGAAAAGGGUGAAACGUCAGUGUGUCUCGUGCCAGAAGCAGGACGCUCGGUCCUGCAACGCGCCUGUGGCGCCUCUGCCCCGAUCGCGAGUGACGCAGGCUCCGCCAUUCGCUGUGACGGGGCUCGACUUUGCUGGGCCGGUGUUUUGUCUCGACCAGCCCCGUAAAAAACUGUACAUCUGUCUGUUCACGUGUGCAGUAACUCGUGCUGUUCAUUUAGAGCUGAUGGAUUCGAUGUCGCUCUCUGACUUUCUCUUGGCUCUGAGGCGGUUCGCAGCUCGGAGAGGGAUGCCGUCAGAGAUAUUUUCGGACAAUGCCGCCACUCUGAAGGGUGCAGACAGCUACCUUCAGGCUCAGCUCGGUCACCUCGCUCCUGUUUGGCGGUACAUCGCUCCACAGUCGCCUUGGUGGGGGGGCUGGUGGGAGCGUCUCGUUCGGACGGUCAAGUCGGGACUAAAGAAGUCCCUUGGCAGGCGCUGCCUGGGUAAGACAGAGCUCGAGACUUUGUUGCUAGAAAUCGAAUCGUGUGUCAAUUCGCGUCCUCUCAUGUACUCUGGUGAUGACGCUGACUCGUCGUCUCCGCUCACACCCAGUCACUUCCUGAUCGGACGUGCCUCGGGAUUCCAGUCCGAGCCGGUGGAGCAGCCGACCGGAGUGUCACGUGACUCGCUCUCGAUUCGUGCCAGGCUCCGGAGAGAGCGUCUGGAUCGGUUCUGGGACAUCUGGUCGGCAGAGUAUUUGCGGCAGCUUCCGGUGACGGUCCGUAAGUUCCGUCAGCAGGGACAGUUGAAGGUCGGAUCAGUAGCUCUGAUCAGAGGGGAUAACGUUCCCAGGCUGAUGUGGCCGCUGGGCGUGGUUACCCGGCUACACCCGGGGUCUGACGGGGUUGUGCGUGCGGUAGACCUCCGUACGGCCAAGGGUGUCCGUACAAGAGCCGUACAGAGGCUCCAUGAUCUAGAGGUGUAGGUAGGUAGGGCGCGCGCGAUCGAGCUCUGUGACUGUGUUCGUGUGUAUCAGUGAUCGUAGUUAGUGAUCGUUUAGUGAUAAGCUGUGUUGCAUAUCGAGUGUACUUGGGUUGGAGUGGCAUGUAUCCAACAGGGGUUGCCUACUCCAACAGGGGGGAAGAUGUUGUUAAUUAUUUCCCCGUCGGGCGGGCGCUAAGUACUAAGUGCGCUCGUCGCAGUGUGCGGUGCGCGGGCGAUCAGCUGAUCGUAGCCUCGCCUCGUGUCGUAAAGUCUCGAGAAGCUUCGCUGUGCGCCGCAUAAGUAAUCAUUCGCUUCAUUCGUUCCCUGGCACGAGUCUCGUUGCCUAUUUCGUUAUUCGCUCGUUCGUUCUCGUUUGAACUCGGUUUGAACGGAAUAGAAGGGAAAGC